UUCGUUAUGCUUGUGAGUGUUCACGAGUGCUCUUUAAGGUAAUAAACAACAUAGAAGAAUCCCAUGAUCCCAUAAAAGAUUCACAAUGGAAUAAAUUGAAAAGGACGUAAAUGUAAUAAACAACACAGAAGAAAAUCCCAUGAUCCCAACAAAAAUUAACAACGACAUAAAUUUAACAAAGACGUUUGGUUCCUGGCGACUGGCUCCUAGUUGACUCUAGGUCUGCUGGCGGCUAGCUCCUAGGUCUAGGUGAAGUGCCGAAGUGGGCUGGGGUGCUGGGCCCGUAGGUUGGGCUAACUAGCAACUCUUUUGUUAGUGGGCUGAUUUGAACUGGUCUCAUGUCAAAUUUUUGAAAAUUAACGAGCUAAACGAGUUUGCUUGUGAAACUCAUUUGCUCGCUCGUUAAGCUCGUUAAUCUUAACGAGCAAAAACAUUGUUCGGCUUGGUUCAUUAACUAACGAGCACGAGCCGAAACGAGUCGAACUAUCGAGCGUUUAUUAUGCUCGCGAGUUUCGAGCUUUUCGUCCAGCCCUAUCGAGGCUCACAAACUCGCGAAGCACGCAUUAUCCCUAGGGGCUGGCUGCCAUGUUUGAUUAGGUCAGCCCAAUGGUCUUCAUUUCGUCCCUGUAAACAUUGUGACGAUUGAAUAAAAAACUUUGGAGUUUGCCUAAAAAAACUUUUCAAAGACCUUGCGCCAUGUCCCCUAUGCUGUCAAACUAAUUCGCCCCUAUAGGAACAAAGAAAAACAUUUUUUUUAGCAACAAAGUAAACCAUUUUCUUGGAAAGAAAAAAACAAAGAAGAACACAUCAAAGGAAUUGUCAGGUCAGACGAUCGUCGCUCUGGGGAAAGAAAAAAUUUCAAGUGUUAUACAAAGAACUUUGCUGCUUUGCACGUACCAAUGGACGCCUCCUCCUCCUAGCAUUACGAUUACUCUGCAAGGGCUGCAGCUAGCUUGCAACCAACUGUUACAUCAUUUCUUAAUCACCUCAUUUUGCGAUUAUCAUCAAGUAAGUCUUCAUAUUAAACCCCCGAAGAUCAUGAAUCCAAAUAUUUCCGCAUUUUCUGCACGUAAAUCAUGUUCUCGCCCUAGCUUUCGCCACCUGUAAUUCCAGACUUUCAGCUGAUCAUGUCCUCCCACUUUGCUCACCUCGCUGCGUACGUGAACACCACGUCCAAAGUCUCCAGCCAUCACCACCCAUAAGAAUCCCACAUUUCAAUCAUCAUCAACACCCGGAUCGAUCCUGGAUCCUCGAAGACCUUCGCGACCAAGAACCGCCACAUGCAAUCAUCGUAGCCGGCGACUCUAAUCGACGGCAGCGAGCAAGAACACACGGCGGAAAGGUCAGGAACUCGAUCGCCGAUCGAUCAUGCCGAGGGAGUGCAACCCGUGCAGCGGCAUGCUGGCGCUCUUCAAGGGGCGCCCGAGGGCGCAGCAGCUGUCGCAGCCGCCGAAGCCGACGCUGCUCCGCCGCGCGUUCGGCAGGAUGAAGAGCAACCGCCGGCGCCGGCGCCACCGCUCCAGCAGCUUCAGCUCCGUGCGCGCGGUCUUCUGGCCGCUCAUGUCCAUGGGCUCGGACGUGGACCGCAGCUUCGUCGCCGACCGGCCGCCCAGGAGUUCCUCCGACGACAGCGGCGGCACCGCGGUGCGCGCGCCGUCGCCGUCCCUCGACACGCCCGGCGCCGCGUCGACCACGGCCGCGCGGCUGCUCGCGAUCCAGGCUCAGAUCGGCGAGGCCGCCGCAUCGGCGUCCCCUGCCAAGCAGAGCAGCACGGCAUCUGGCGCCGUGCGCGCCCCGUCGCCGUCGCUGGACGAGCAAGCCGCGUUGACGACGACGGCCGCGCGGGUGCUCGCGCUGCAGGCUCGGCUAGGCUCGGCCGCGGUAUUCGCGUCGCCGACGAAGCCGAUUACCACCGCAGUGCAUCGUCUCAGCGACGUGGCCGCCGCCUGCGGAGACGGCGACGUGGAGGAGGCGUGCAAAGGCUUCGAGAGGCAUCUGAUGGAGAUGCUGGUGGAGGAGGCCAAGGUGGGGGACCUCAUGGACGUCGAGGAGCUGCUGGGAUGCUGGGAGAAGCUCAGGUCGCCGGUGUUCGUCCGGCUCGUCGGCCGCUUCUACGGCGACCUCUGCAUGGACCUCUUCUCCGACCUCGAUGACGACGUGUCAUCCGAGUCGUCCGAUGAGUCGACUGUUUGACCGCGCGCGGCGCUUCUCACGGUGGUUUCAGUUUGUCCCUAUGACGGGUGGACCCGUAUGUGGCGAUUUUAUCAUUUUAUUAUCAUUUCUCCAGAUUGAAGGAGAAAACUGUUUCAUGCUUUUGUCCAAGGCGUUGUAUGUACAUCUCUUUUUCCUGCCUUUUUUUUGCGCUGGUAUCUCUUUUUCCUGUCUGAAGCAUUGCUGAGAGGCUUGUUCCACACCUAA